UUAGAUGGGGCUGCAGGUUUGUUAGAUGGGGCUGUAGGUUUGUUAGAUGGGGCUGCAGGUUUGUUAGACGGGGCUGCAGGCUUGUUAGAUAAAGCUGCAGGUUUGUUAGAUGGAGCUGCAGGUUUGUUAGAUGGAGCUGCAGGUUUGUUAGAUGGAGCUGCAGGUUUGUUAGAUGGAGCUGCAGGUUUGUUAGAUGGGGCUACAGUCUUGUUAGAUGGAGCUGCAGGUUUGUUAGAUGGGGCUACAGUCUUGUUAGAUGGAGCUGCAGGCUUGUUAGAUGGGGCUGCAGGUUUGUUAGAUGGGGCUACAGUCUUGUUAGAUGGAGCUGCAGGCUUGUUAGAUGGAGCUGCAGUCUUGUUAGAUGGAGCUGCAGGCUUGUUAGAUGGGGCUACAGUCUUGUUAGAUGGAGCUGCAGGCUUGUUAGAUGGGGCUACAGUCUUGUUAGAUGGGGCUACAGUCUUGUUAGAUGGGGCUACAGUCUUGUUAGAUGGAGCUGCAGGCUUGUUAGAUGGAGCUACAGUCUCGUUAGAUGGGGCUACAGUCUUGUUAGAUGGGGCUACAGUCUUGUUAGAUGGAGCUGCAGGUUUGUUAGAUGGGGCUGCAGGCUUGUUAGAUGGAGCUGCAGGCUUGUUAGAUGGAGCUGCAGGUUUGUUAGAUGGGGCUGCAGGCUUGUUAGCUGGGGCUGCAGGCUUGUUAGAUGGGGCUGCAGGCUUGUUAGAUGGGGCUGCAGGUUUGUUAGAUGGGGCUGCAGGUUUGUUAGAUGGGGCUGCAGGCUUGUUAGAUGGGGCUGCAGUCUUGUUAGAUGGGGCUGCAGGCUUGUUAGAUGGGGCUACAGUCUUGUUAGAUGGGGCUGCAGGUUUGUUAGAUGGGGCUGCAGGUUUGUUAGAUGGGGCUGCAGGCUUGUUAGAUGGGGCUGCAGUCUUGUUAGAUGGGGCUGCAGUCUUGUUAGAUGGGGCUGCAGUCUUGUUAGAUGGGGCUGCAGUCUUGUUAGAUGGGGCUGCAGGUUUGUUAGAUGGAGCUUCAGGUUUGUUAAAUGGAGCUGCAGGUUUGUUAGAUGGAGCUGCAGGUUUGUUAGAUGUGGUUGCAGGUUUGUUAGAUGGGAUCGCAGGCUUGUUAGAUGGGGCUGCAGGUUUGUUAGAUGGGGCUGCAGGUUUGUUAGAUGGAGCUACGGGUUUGUUAAAUGGAGCUGCAGGUUUGUUAGAUGAGGCUGCAGGCGUGUAA